UCUGUCCUGAUUGGUGGAGAGGAUCAGAGGGAGCUACUGCUGACCGCCCUGGAGAUGGGGAUGGUUUCCAAUGGUUACAUGUUCAUUCCCUACGACGCCCUGCUGUACGCGAUGCCCUAUCAGCACACAGUCUUCAACCAGCUGACCAAUAGCACGCAGCUACGUCACGCCUAUAGUGCCGUGCUGACUGUUACCAUGGCAUCCGACCAGAGUUUCUAUGAAGCUUUCCGCGAGGCUCAAACGAGCCGAGAGAUUCACUCGGGUGUCUCCGCCACAGAGGUGUCUCCUUUGUUUGGGACUAUUUUCAACAUGGUCUACUUCGUGGCAAAGGCAGUGGAAGAGCGCCGUCAGGCGGGGAGUGGACACUGGGUGACGGGCAAUCAGCUCAUGAAAUCAGAUGGAGGCUUUGAUUUUCAGGGUUUCAAUCAGGUGUUGUAUGGAGGUACUGAGGGGCGUGGCCUGCAGGCCAGCUACGUAGUGUUGGACAGCGAUGGCGACCGCCUCGUCCCAACACACUCACUCUCUCCGACGCACACCGACGGGACGACCGGAGGUCUGAGACCGCUGAGCCGUUCCUUUGUUUUCCCGGGAGGAAAACCCCCCUCAGCCAGCUUCUGUUGGUUUAAUCCAGAUGAGGCCUGCAGUGGAGGUAUGGGCGCUGUAACUGUGCUCUUCCUCUUCCUGUUGUUCUGCACUCUGCUUGGAGGCCUUUUCUUUUGGAACAGGAGUACUAAGGGAGCCGUGACAGCAACCAAGAUGAUCCUUACUCUGGACGACAUCGUCUUCAUCGAUACUCAAGUCAGCAAGAAGAAACUCAACGAUGAGUCCAUCAUGAAGAGUCUUUUGGAAAUGAAAACUCCAUUGCGAUCGCUCGCUCGAAGUUAUAUCCUCACAACACCGGAGAGCUCCAACAUCGGGAUACUGGAGGGUGACUGGGUUUGGCUGAAGAAGUUCAGUACUGGAAAAACACCAACAGAAGCCAAUCAAACCACCCAGAAUAUGUUCAGCCAGUUGCGGGAGAUGCGACACGAGAACCUAAACCUGUGCCUGGGUCUGUUUGUGGACUCGGGGAUCUUCGCCCUGGUGGUGGAACACUGCCCCCGAGGAAGUCUGGCAGACCUGCUGGCUGACGGCAACGUGAGGCUGGACUGGAUGUUUAAAUCCUCACUGCUCAUGGACCUCAUCAAGGGCAUGAAGUACCUUCAUCUGCGAGGUUUGACUCAUGGCCGUCUGAAGUCAACAAACUGUUUAGUUGAUGGUCGCUUUGUUCUGAAAAUAACAGAUUAUGGACUUCCUAUGAUCCUGACAUCCCAGGGGAUCAGCAUUCCUGAGGAUCCACACGACAUGCUGUGGACAGCUCCGGAGCUUUUGAGGAAUCCGGUCUCAGGAGGUUCGUUUGCUGGAGAUGUCUUCAGCUUCUCCAUCAUCAUACAGGAAGUGAUCUCCCGCACACUGCCAUAUGCCAUGAUGGACAUGCCGGCUCAUGAGAUCGUGGAGCGUCUGAAGCAGCCUCCUCCUCUCUGCAGGCCGAUCGUUUCGGUGGAUGAAGCUCCUACCGAGUGUCUCACGCUGAUGAAUGAAUGUUGGAAUGAAGACCCGAGUAAGAGGCCGAGCUUUGAUGACAUUUUCAAACAGUUUCGAGGUAUCAGUAGAGGCAGGAGGGCCAACAUCAUCGACUCCAUGCUGCGGAUGUUGGAGCAGUACAGCUCGAACCUGGAGGAUCUGAUCCGAGAACGAACGGAUGAAUUGGAGAUUGAGAGAACCAAGACAGAUAAGCUGGUGGGGCAGCUCCUGCCAAAGUCUGUGGCUCAAGCUCUGAAGAAAGGGAAACCAGUGGAACCUGAACAUUAUUCGGACUGCACCCUUUACUUCAGCGACAUUGUUGGAUUUACAACUAUUUCUGCUCUGAGCGAGCCCAUCGAGGUGGUCGACCUGCUGAAUGACCUCUACACCAUGUUUGAUGCCAUCAUUGCUCUCCAUGAUGUGUACAAGGUGGAAACUAUUGGAGAUGCCUACAUGGUGGCUUCAGGUGUUCCCAACAGGAAUGGGAAUCGACACGCAGCUGAAGUGGCCAACAUGUCUCUGGACAUCCUGCACUCGAUAGGAAACUUUAAGAUCAAACACAUGCCCGAGAUUAAAGUCAAAAUCCGCAUCGGACUGCACUCAGGUCCCGUGGUAGCAGGUGUGGUUGGACUCAAGAUGCCCAGGUACUGUCUCUUUGGAGACACGGUGACCACGGCCUCACUCAUGGAGUCCUCUGGGCUACCUUACAGGAUCCACAUCAGUCUGAGUACGGUCAAAGUCCUGACCAGUCUGAAAGUGGGAUACCACAUAGACACCCGGAAGGCGCAGGUUAAGGGCACAGAGGACACGUACUGGCUGAUGGGUCGAGAAGAUUUUAAUAAACCUCUUCCUGUUCCUCCAGACCUCGCCGGAGGGGCCAGCAACCAUGGAAUCAGCCUGGAUGAGAUUCCAGUCGACAGACGACAAAAGUUUCUGGACCGACAGAACAAGAUGAAGAAGUGACAACACACACAGUGUCAUCAGCUGAUGAGACCCUCUCAAAGACAUCUGAACCCUGGAGAUCUUCAGCCUCCCGAAGGCUGUAAAGUCUGAGUGCACAAACCAAUCAUCACCAUGGGUGCUAAUUUCUACUUCCUGAUUUAACUGGAAGUCCUCUUUGAUUGGUCGCUGACAUCGCUUCUGUCUGACUAGUGGAAUUUGUCCCUCACACUGUCUGAUGUUUGCACAGUUGUAUAGAAACUAACUGUUACCAUGGUGACUGUGAUGUGUUAGUGACCUUGAAAUAGAAUCAGGGUUGUUCAUGUCCAAUGAAUGCUGGGUAAAUGACUGUUAAAGAGUGGAUGCGUGACAGAUGUUGUGAUGAUCAGUAAUCGGUUCUGCGCACUGACGCUGGCUGCAUGCUGUCGCUGUUCCUCAUGCUUCUUUAAAAUGUAAAUGUUCCAUUAAACUCUGAGGUAGACUCAGUGCUUAGAUAUGGAUUUUCCCGGAUGCUCCUGAAGGCACCGUCUUCCUCAAUAAGUCAAUCAAACGUGCAGUUCAGGUCUAUUUUCUUCACUACCAGCUGAGUUUCACAUAAUAAUCUGUAAAAAUAACACACAAACACCCAUUGUUGUGUAAGUAAUAAUAUAUUUUUAAAAGCAAAUGAAAAAAAUCCUAAAAAGAGUGAAAAAACAAACAAAAGUGGAAACAAUUUAGUUUAAAUAUUGUCUGAAUUAGACAGAGGGCGGCUGCUGAGAUGCUGUCUGCGGACAGGUGAGGGCUGAAACGAGCCACUGACUCCUUUUAAACCUCCCCCUCAGUCUGCAUGUUUCUUUAUUCCCUUUCCAAUUUUCAUUCGUUCUCAUGUUUUGUGCAUUUUGAAUUAAUUUCCUUGUGCUUCCUCUUCUUAAAUCCUAUUUUUAAGCUUUUCACCUUCUAAAUUCAAAAAUGGAUAUUCUCUAUAUUAUUCCAGUUUUACGUUAAUUUAAUUAAAGUUGGUUUAAAAGUAUUAAAUUUUUUUUUGAUAUAACCCCUAACCCUCUCUUCUCCUCAGUGUGAUUGCUAAACAUAAGCAGCUGUACUCCAGUUCACCUGGGUUUCGAUAAUCGAUUUUAGCUUGAAUAAAGUGAUAUCGAUUCAUUAAAUCCUGAAUCAGUUUUUAACUAUAAAUGUAUUUUGCCAGAAAUGCCAGAAUCUCAGGUAAAAGCUCACAAAACUACACUGCUCAAAAAAAUAAAGGGAACACAAAAAUAAGAGAUCCCAGAUGUGAACGAAUGAAAUAUUCUUAUUGAAUAUGUAGUUAGAUCAAGCAUGGAGGUCUGGAUUUGGAGUCACACUCAAAAUGAAAGUGGAAAAACACUUUGAUGUAAUGUCCUUAAAACAAGUCCAAAUGAGGCUCAGCAGUGCCUGUAUGACCUCCCUACAACACCUGGGCAUGUUCCUGAUGAGGUGGCAGAUGUUCUCCUGAGGGAUCUCCCAGACCUGGACUAAAGCAUCUGCCAAC